GGCGGAGAGCCACGUGGUGCCAUAAAGCCCAGCUAGAGAGGGCCUGUCCCGGGAGUGUCCAGACUGUAGGAGCCAACACUCGGAAGGUGGGUCAGCUUUGCGAGCCGGAGCGAGAGCCGGCGCAGCAAACCCCCGGAAAAGGCCAUGCACCGAGGCGCGUCAGGACCAGGACUCAGGGGCCUGAAGGGGGCCGAGGGCGCUGCCGGGGACGUGGGGGACUCUUGCAUGGAGGCUGGGAGAGAUUUUGGGGUGCUGAGGGAGAAUGGCGGCCCUCGCGGCCUGGGCGAAGCAGAGGAGGUGGCGGGCAGCAGAAAGCGCAGCCGGCCGGUGCGGUCCAAGGCGAGGCGCAUGGCAGCCAACGUGCGUGAGCGCAAGCGCAUCCUGGACUACAAUGAGGCCUUCAACGCGCUGCGCCGGGCGCUGCGGCACGACCUGGGCGGAAAGAGACUCUCCAAGAUCGCUACGCUGCGCAGAGCCAUUCACCGCAUCACCGCCCUGUCCCUCGUGCUGCGCGCCAGCCCCGCGCCCCACUGGCCCUGCGGGCACCUGGAGUGCCACGGCCAGGCCGUGCGCGCGGGGGAUACAGGGGACCUGGGCUCCCGCCCGCCGCCGUCCGCGCCGCCCCUCGCCGGGCCCUUCGCAACGCGCUGCGCCUCGUGCUCCCUGCACACACCCCUGGGACGGCCCAGGGCUGUGGCCGAGGCGCAGGGCUUGUCUCAGGCCUCUGCGGGAAGUUGGCGCCGAUGUCCGGGGGCUCCCUCUGCCUGGCCGCGUAGCCACCUGCGAGCGGGCCCAGGACUGGGCUACCAGCACUCCUGA